AUGGCUUGCGAAGAUCUGUCGCUGACUUUUGUCAGAGUCCUAGGUGCAAUAUGCUGGACUUCUGGAUUAUUAGCUAUUGCAGAAAAUCUGACCGUUAUUUUAGCAGUGCGAUACAUUCGCUCAUUGCGACCUACAGCCCGAUUUUUUAUGGCAUCUCUCGCUGCGGCAGAACUUCUCUCAGGGAUCACAGCUAAUCUGUACUUCGUUCGAAAUUAUGGAAGAAGCGAAAAUACCUUCGUGAAAAUGGAAACUACUGUAUGGUUUUUCACCACAACUUCCGUAACUUAUAGUUUGAGUAACGUAGCAGUGGAUAGAUUCGUUGCAAUUACGUCGCCUUUACAUUAUCAUGACAGAAUGACUUUGAAAAGAUGCUUACUAAUGACAGUAUUUCCAUGGUUUCUUGCUUUCAUGGGUGUGUUCACAGCUCACUUUAUUCCUUUCAAACACGUAGCAAAAAUCUGGAUGUGUGGAGGUAUCAUUUCUGUGUUGAUACCAUUUUGCAUAAUAGCUUUCUGUUAUUUCAAAAUAUACAAAGUAACAAGAAGUACAUUUCCUGCGCGUGAAAACAUCACAAAUGCUCAACAAAUGGCAGAAAAUAGACGACAAAGAAAGACGGCAUGCACAUUUGGGAUCAUCACAGGAUUAUUCAUUGCUCUCUUCAUGCCGAGUUUUCUCAUCAGCAUGUUCCCUCUAGCCACCGAUGUUGAAAUCGCAAGAGUGAAAUGCGACGGUUUUGAAAGAAAAAUUUGGCUCAGUGCUUCUGUUAUCUCAUACUUCAGUGCUGUUAUUGAUCCGUGGGUUUAUGUCAUCAGAAUGCCAGACUUUAGAAGUGCUUUGAAGGAAAUGUGUCAACGAAUACGUCGUAUUCUGUCUCUUUCUUUAAACGACAGUCAAUAA